AAAGCCUCAAUGACUAUGGCGUAGGCUGUUGAAAGAGACCCAUUUCAAAUCCUCAACACAACCAUCAACCAUCAAUCGAGAAAAAAGAAACCAAGAACCAUGGCGGAGGCCGUUGUCGGACAGCUCGUGCUGACGCUCGGUGGGGCGUUGGCGAACGAGGCGGCGACCUACGGUGGGGCGCUGUUGUGCAAGGAAGCGGCCGCACUGAGGGGUCUCUUCGGCAAGAUCCGCCAGUCCAAGGUGGAGUUGGAGAGCAUGCAAGCGUACCUGCAAGAGGCAGAGCGGUUCAAGGACAUCGACAAGACCACUGCCAUCUUUGUCGGCCAGAUCAGGGGCCUCGCCUUUCAGAUCGAGGACGUCGUCGACGAGUUCACCUACAAGCUGGAGGACUGCAAGCACGGAGGGUUCGCCGGCAAGAUGAAGAAGCGGCUCAAGCAUAUCAAGACCUGGCGGCGUCUGGCAGCAAAGCUCCAAGAAAUCGAAGCCCAGCUGCAGGAUGCCAACCGAAGGAAGAGGGAUUACGCCGUCACCGGAAGAUCUGCUUCUGCUCCAAGAUCAACGAGAGAAGGUCAAGCUUUGCACUUCACAAGGGAUGAAGACCUUGUGGGAAUCAAAGAGCACAAGGAGAGGUUGAUACGAUGGCUGACCAGUGGUGGUGAUGGUCUGGAGCAGAGCAGCAGCAACGUUACGGUGGUGUGGGGGAUGCCUGGUGUUGGUAAAACCACUCUUGUUGAUCAUGUGUAUAACACCAUGAAAGAGAAUUUCGAUGUUGCAGCAUGGGUAACUGUGUCGGAGGGUUACCGUAUUGAGGAUUUGUUGAAGAAGAUCGUCGCCCAGUUCGGCAUCACAGUCAACGUCGCAAACAAUGAGAUGAGAGGCCUAUCAAAGUACAUCCACAACUACCUUCAAGGUAAAAGGUACAUCUUGGUCUUGGAUGAUGUUUGGGCUGAGCGCUUGUGGUCCGAGAUAAGGGAUAUCUUUCCAACAUCUAAUUGUACCAGCCGAGUUAUUAUCACAUCAAGAAAGCAGGCAGUGUUGGCAACCAGGGAGUCUGCAUCUGCAAUUCACUUGGAACCGCUAGAAGAACAUUACUCCUGGCUGUUAUUUUGCAAAGGAGCCUUUGGAAAUACUGAUGACAAAGAGUGUCCACUGGAGCUGCACGAAUUGGCUUGGAAGUUCAUAGCAAAGUGUCAAGGCUUGCCUAUUGCUAUUGCAUGCAUUAGCCGCCUACUCUCCUGCAAGCCCAAAAAUUCCGUCGAAUGGCAGGAUGUGUACCAGUGUUUGGAUUCCCAGUUUGCGAAAGAUGUGAUCCCUGAUGCUCAUAUGAUCCUAAAGGUCAGCUUGGAGGACCUUCCGUUUGAUUUGAAAAAUUGUUUCCUCCACAGUGCAUUGUCCCCAGAAGAUUAUGUACUAAAGAGGAGGAAGACAACGAGACAGUGGAUCACAGCAGGGUUUAUCACGGUAAAAGAUGAGAGUAAAACGUUGGAGGAAGUGGCAGAGGGAUACAUGGUUGAGCUUGUGAACCGAAGUCUAUUACAGGUAGUGGAAAGGAAUUAUGUCGGACGACUUAGAAAAUGUCGGAUGCAUGAUGUCAUACGCCUUCUUGCCCUCAACAAAGCCAAGGAGGAAUGCUUUGGUAAAGUUUAUAAUAGCUCUGGUGGUGGUACUGGGGCAUUCUCUGUAGAGGGUGCACGUCGCAUAUCUGUCCUAGGGGAAAACAUUGAACAACUCAGCCUAUCUGGUGCAACACAGCUUCGUGUGCUCCAUGUAUUUGCGAAGUCUACCAAUGUUGAUUUUCUGCAGCCUAUCCUAACAACUUCAAAUCUGUUGUCUACGUUGGAACUGCAAGGUACUGGUAUCAAAAUGCUGCCUAAUGAAGUAUUCGACUUGUUUAAUCUGCAUUAUUUGGGUCUUAGAAAUACCGAGGUUGAAAGCCUGCCUGAAGCACUCGGGAGGUUACAAAACCUGGAAGUCUUGGAUGCUGGGAAUUCUAAGCUGACGUACUUGCCAAAGAGUGUUGUGAAGCUUCAGAAGUUGAGAUACCUGUAUGCGUGUACUUUUGCGGGCACAAUGGGAAGUGCAGUUGGGGUCAAGGUGCCUAGUGGCAUGCAGCACCUCACAGGACUGCGGGCUCUUCAAUCUGUGAAAGCCACUACUGAGUUUCUUCGUGAGGUUGGAGCUCUGACAGAGAUAAGAACAUUCGAUGUCCGCAACGUGCAGAGUGAACACUCUGCUGACUUAAGCAAUGCUAUCACCAAAAUGAGUCAUCUUGUUCAUCUUGAAAUUAGCACUGCAGCUGAGGAUGAGGUGCUGCGGCUGGAAGGACUAUAUUUACCUCCAACCCUUUCUUGGCUUGGUUUAGGCGGGCAGCUAGAGAAAACAUCAAUGCCUCAGCUUUUCUCUUCUUGGUCACAUCUUAAUAGCCUUACUCGGUUGACCCUGGAAUUCUCCAAUAUUGAUGAGGAAACCUUUUCCUGUUUGCACGUGCUAAGUGGUCUACGCUUUCUUCAGCUAUGGAACGCUUUCAAAGGGAAGAGGUUGGAUUUUCAUGCAGGGUCGUUUCCAAAGCUUAGGCAUCUACAUAUAUGGGGCGCAACACAACUCAACGAAGUUAGUAUAGAGGAUGGUGUGAUGCAAAACCUCGUCGAGCUGUGGUUCAGAGACUUCCCCAAGCUGAAGUUUCUUCCUGAUGGCAUUGAGCACCUCGCAGCCCUUGAGAAAUUAGUUUUGAUAGAUACAUCAGAAGAGCUGAUAGAGAAGCUCCUACAGAAGAGAGAUUCAGAUGAAUGCAGCGAAGAUAUAAUGAAUAUCAGCCACAUAAGGAAUGUUACAGUUGCACUGACGCAGAAAGGACUUGUCGAAAGGAUUAGGUGAUACAUCGUCACUGCUCCAAGGUCAGGCUUUGGUGUUUCUUCCCCAUUGUUUUGUGCGCAUCCCACACAAUAU